AUGGCGGACGAUUUGGAUGACGAGCUCCUGGCUCUGGCUGGUGGCUCAGAUGAGGAACAGUCCCCUCCCCCGGAGGACAGAAAUGACUCUCCAUCGCACUCAACUUCCUCUCAUUCUCCACGUCACUCUCCGAUGGGUCGCAAAGGAACGGCGAAGGCGAUUCGCCGGCCUCGAAAAGCCGCGAGAGACGACGAUGAAGAAGAUGGCGAAGUGUCCGAUGCCGAGUCCCACAACUCCCUCCAGUCAGCCCCCAUGUCCGAGUCUGAUUCGGAAGCUGGGGCUGGCUCCGAUGAAGAAGACCGCCCAAUAUUCCCCUAUGACAAGCUGUACUACUCCUCAAAGGAAAAGCAAGAGAUAAUGGGAAUGCCCGAGAUCCAGCGUGAGGAGCUGCUAUCUGAGCGUGCCCAACAGGUCGAUCGCCACAACCAAGAUCUUGCCUUGCGUCGCCUGCUAGCCUCUCGCGAGCGUGAGGAAAAGCGUGCUGCUGCCAAGCAGGCUAAGCGCAAGGCCGGCUCAGCAGGUCUCGAUGAAAACCAGCGCAAGAGUUCUCGCCAGAAGACUACCCUUGGUGGCCGAAAGGUCGGAGAGACAUCCGCCGCCAUCGAUGCUUACAAGCGCCAGCGUGAGCAGAAGGGAAAGCGUGAUGAGCUGCGUCGCCGUGACCCCACAUCUUCCCGUCGUCGAUCUCGAACUCCUGGCUCCGAAGUGUCUGACGAGGAUGGUGAAGCUGAAAGUGACCUUGAACUGGACGACCGUGUUGGCCGUUCUCCUUCGAUCCCUAAGGAUGACCCUCCUGCCGAGCUUCGGGACAUCAACCGUGCUCGUGUUGGCCGCACCAAUUUUGCACAGGUCUGCUUCUACCCUGGAUUUGAGCAGGCCAUAACCGGCUGCUACGCUCGCGUAAAUAUCGGACCCAAUAACGAGACUGGCCAGAACGAUUACCGUCUUUGCUUGAUUGAAGGAUUCAACCAAGGCAAGCCCUACGCCAUCGAGGGAGCGAAUGGCCGUCCCUUUGUCACUGAUCAGUACGCCAAGCUGGCUCACGGCAAGGCUGUGCGAGAUUUCCCCUUCAUCGCCUGCUCGGACUCUGCAAUUACCGAGGCCGAGUAUAGCCGUUACCGAAAGACCAUGGCCAUUGAAGAUAUAAAGAUGGCCACUCAGACCAAACUGGCUGGCAAGGUCGCCGAUAUCAACCGUCUGAUCAACCACCGUUUCACUGCCGAGGAGUUGUCUGAGAAGCUUCGUCGCCAAGGUGCCUUGGAUGAGAAGAGGAAUGUCCGCAAACGUUUCGAUUUGGAGAAGGAACUGGUCUUUGCCAAGGCCAAUGGCACCGAAGAAGAAAUCGAAAAGUUGCAGAAAGAACUUGACGCCAUCGUCAAACCCAACCUUUCGUGGGGUACUACCAUGAACAAACCGGUUGCUGAAAAGGCACUCAGUGAAGCCGAGCGUGUUCACCUCAUCAAUAUUCGCAACCAGAAGCUCAACUACGAGAAUGUGCGCCGUGCUCAACUGGAUGAGCGUAAGGCGGCUCGAAAGGCUGCCGCCGCUGUGGCUCGUGGUGAGGCCGUUGCUGAUCCAUUUAUGCGUGUUCGCACUGUGGCCAAGACCCACCACGACGUUUCUGAUAAACCUCAGGAUGCGCCGAAGACUGAAGAAGCUGCUGCCGUCGACAUCAAGAAUAUCAAGCCUGCUACAGAUACUUCUAAGGUUUCAACCCCUAACCAUGGCCUCACCCCGAAGAAGAAGGGCGCUUUCAUGAUCAGCUACCGCAACACUGACGAUGAGAACAUUGCGGCUCUGGAUAUGGACAUCGACAUUGAUAUCUAG